CUGAGUGCAGGGUCUACUUGAUAUCUCCCCACCAAAAUGUCACUAACCAACAAAUUAUAUAGCAUGAUUUAAUUUUCUCCAUUCGGAAUCUAAGAUUGACGUUUUAUUUGGAGGUUACUGGAAUUAUACGGCUAGAUUUCAUCCUAAUUCAUGUACAUUUCACAUAUACGGUAGUAUUAUUACGGAAGAGUUGCCUAGUCUACACAGCAAUCAUGACUACCCUAAACCCAACUCCAGAAUCGGAAAAUAAUGAUCAUCUUAUUAUCUCAGAAGAUUCUCAGCAUCCCGCGAAUCUAAUCCCAGAACUAUGUGCAAAGUUUUGGCAUCUAGGAUGGGUAACAGGUACAGGAGGCGGCGCCAGUAUUCGUAAAGAUGAUCUAGUAUAUCUUGCGCCAUCUGGAGUCCAAAAAGAACUCAUGAAACCAGAACACAUUUACGUGCUCGAUAUAACCAAACAACUUGAUCCCAAACAACGCAUCUACCUCCGCUCACCGCCCAAUCUCAAGCCUUCCCAAUGCACCCCCCUUUUCAUGGCUGCAUUCACCAAGCGAAACGCAGGUUGUUGCAUCCACACGCAUUCAAAAUGGGCAGUCCUCAUCACCCUCCUCCUAGAAUCCGCACCCAACACCACCAUGUUUGAAAUCAAUAACAUCGAACAAAUCAAAGCAUUUGGAAAAGGCUACACGAAGACAGGAAAUCUGGGAUAUCACGAUACGUUGCGCAUUCCAGUUAUUGAAAAUACACCCCAUGAAGAAGAUUUGACGGAGUAUCUGGAAGAAGCAAUGGAGAAGUGUCCGGAUACGUAUGCGGUUUUGGUGAGGAGACAUGGAGUUUAUGUUUGGGGGGAGUCGGUACACAAGGCGAAGACUCAGUGUGAGAGCUUGGAUUACCUUUUCCAAAUUGCGGUUGACAUGAAGAAAUUGGGGUUGCCAUGGUUGAGUGAUGUUAAACCAAUUGCUUGAAGGGCUUUGACCGUUUAAGUUGCUGUUGUUUUCGGAGAUGAAUUUAUGAUCUGAAAGAAUUAUAGAUAGAGAUACCCUUUUCCUUACGCUACAAUGUUCCAAGACGUAGAUCUAAUGAUCAGAAGU